UAAACCGGUCCUGCUCGUGACGUCAUAUUAAAGCGACGCGGACAGAGCUCAUACGCAGCGGAUCAGGCAGCAGCGCAAACAGGAGGAUGGGGUGUAGAAGUGUGCAUCUGCUGCUUCUGUCUCUGUGUGUUGCAGUUUCCUCUGUCCCCAUCGACCGCAAUGAAGUUCCUCAGGAAACCAAGGAGGAGCCUCAGGAGGAGAACAUGGACACAGGUCUGUACUACGACCGGUACCUGCGAGAGGUGAUCGAGGUCCUGGAGACGGACUCUCACUUCAGAGAGAAACUGCAAACGGCCAAUACAGAGGACAUAAAGAGUGGUCGUUUGAGUAAAGAGCUGGAUCUGGUCGGGCAUCAUGUUCGCACGCGACUGGAUGAGCUCAAGAGACAGGAAGUGUCCCGACUACGGAUGCUGCUGAGGGCCAAACUGGACAGCACCAACACACAGAGUCUUCAGAUGGACCAUGCGUCACUGCUUAAACAGUUUGAACACUUGGACCCACACAACCAGAACACGUUUGAGGCCAAAGACUUGGAACUGCUCAUCUCCACGGCGACCAAAGACCUGGAGAACUACGACGCUGAGAGACACGAGGAGUUUAAACGCUAUGAGAUGCUAAAGGAGCACGAGAGACGAGAGUAUCUCAAAGGUCUGGACCAGGAGAAGAGGGAGCAGGAGCAGAGGAGACUGGAUGAGCUGAAGGACAAACACAGACAGCAUCCCAAAGUCAACGCUCCGGGCAGCGUGGAUCAGCUGAGGGAGGUUUGGGAGGAGACCGACGGACUCGACCCUAAAGAAUUCAACCCCAAAACCUUCUUCAAACUCCACGACACAAAUGAAGACGGAGUUCUGGAUGAGCAGGAACUGGAGGCUCUGUUCAUUAAAGAGCUGGAGAAGGUGUACAAUCCUAAGAACGAAGAGGACGACAUGAUGGAGAUGGAGGAGGAGCGGCUGAGGAUGAGAGAACACGUCAUGAACAAUGUGGACCUAAACAGAGAUCGUGUGGUGAGUCUGGAUGAGUUCCUCAAAUCCACUGAGAAGAAAGAGUUCAACAGCCACAAAGAGUGGGAGACUCUGGACAUGAAGCAGGUGUACACGGAGGAGGAGCUACAGCGCUUUGAGGCGGAGCUACGAGACAAAGAGGAGGAGCUAAAGAGGAGGGCGGUGGCUCUGAACCAGGAACAGGAAGUCCUCAAGGAGCGAGGAAAGGCUCUGGAGGCCCAGCGGAGGGAGUACCAACAGGCUGUGUUGGAGAUGUCCAACAGACAGAAGGGGCAGCAGCCUGAGGAUGCAGCGCCGCCUGCUGGACCCAAUGGAGAACUGCACUUUGAGCCAGAGUCCCAGAAACAGGAUAAAGUGGAAAAUGGCACAGACAUUUUGGUGGAGCCUCCUCAGAACCUGCCGGUCCACACCUGAGGCUGAACUCCACCCACACCUGAAACUAAACUCUGGACACUUUAUUUUAAAAUGACUCAUGAAACAUAUUCUUUUGUGCAAUAAUUUCUAUUCUCAGUUUAAGUCGUUUUUAAAAUCCCUCAGAGUCUAGUCUCACUGGUAUCACUGAUUCAAACUCAACAUAUUUUAAAGAGGGGGUAUUAUGCAAAAUUGAUUUUAAUUUUUUUUUUUUUUUUUUUGUAGAUUUCUACUAUGUUAUAACAGUGUUCCCUCAUCAAAAACAUGCCUGAAGAGGGUUUAAAUGUCAUCCAUGCAUGUUUCGAGUAAUUUGGUGAUGUCUCCUAGGCCCUGUUCAAACCCUUCUUACGGUUAGCAGUACAAGCCUGUACAAGGCUCCGCCCACAAGGCUACGUCACCAUGCUCCCACACGAUAAUUCUUCAUAAAUAUACAAAAACAUGAUACAAAACUGUACACAGCAACUUGACAAACCUGAUGUGAGUAGUUUCAUUAGUGGGAUGCAGCUGAUUGUGUUAACAGCGCUCCGAAGGGGGGGUUACAUAGCGCAAAGAGCAAAGGGAGAGGAGACUAAUAACAUCAAAAACGAAAGUGAAACUUAUAAAACAUGUCGAUAUGCAAAUAUAGCAUUUAUAAAACAAUAAAAGGUAAGAUGGUCAUUUAAAUAUGUUAUGUGUUAGCAGUUAAUACCCCACAGAAGUAAAAUACCUCCUCUUUAAGGGUUUAUUGCUGCAUUGUGUUCUUUCGUGUUCAUUUCUGUGGUAAAAGCUUCAUUAAAGAUUAUAACAAAUGUUUUUAAAGUGAAA